UGCGGCUGUUGCCGCCGAACAAACAGUGACAGCUCCCGGGCGAGCGCCGUCGUCGUCUUCGGCUCUCAGGGCCCCGCCGCCGGGGGAGCUCGGCCUCAGCCAGCCGGGCUCCUCUCGCUCGCCAUGUCCGGGGACGGCGGCGGCGGAGGCGGCGGGAGCAACAACAGCGGCAGGCACACGGCGGAGCUGCGAGCGGAGCUCUAUUUCCUCAUCGCCCGCUUUCUGGAGAACGGACCCUGCGAGGAAGCGGCUCAGGUCCUGAUCCGAGAAGUCGCCGAGAAGGAGUUGCUUCCUAAGCGCACGGACUGGACGGGGAAGGAGCAUCCCAGGAGCUACGAGAGCCUAGUAAAAUACUACAGACACUUGGCACCUGAUCACCUGCUUCAGAUAUGCCAUCGACUAGGACCACUUCUAGAGCAAGAAAUUCCUCAGAGCGUUCCAGGAGUCCAAACAUUAUUAGGAGCUGGAAGACAGUCUUUGCUUCGCACAAGUAAAAGCUGCAAACAUGUGGUGUGGAAGGGAUCAGCUCUUGCUGCAUUGCACUGUGGAAGACCUCCAGAGUCACCAGUAAACUAUGGCAGUCCACCUAGUAUAGCUGAAACUCUCUUUUCAAGAAAACUAAAUGGAAAAUACAGGCUUGAACAACUUGUUCCAACUGCUGUAUAUCAACAUAUGAAAAUGCACAAGCGAAUCCUAGGACAUUUGUCUUCAGUAUAUUGUGUAACGUUUGACCGAACAGGCAGACGGAUAUUCACUGGUUCUGAUGAUUGUCUUGUGAAAAUCUGGGCAACAGAUGAUGGAAGGUUGCUUGCUACUUUAAGAGGACAUGCAGCAGAAAUAUCGGACAUGGCUGUUAAUUAUGAGAAUACCAUGAUUGCUGCAGGGAGCUGUGACAAAAUGAUCAGAGUGUGGUGUCUCCGAACAUGCGCCCCUUUGGCAGUUUUGCAAGGCCACAGUGCAUCCAUAACAUCACUACAGUUUUCACCACUAUGCAGCGGCUCAAAGCGAUACCUGUCUUCAACUGGGGCGGAUGGCACUAUUUGCUUUUGGUUAUGGGAUGCUGGUACACUUAAAAUAAAUCCAAGACCAACAAAGUUUACAGAGCGUCCAAGACCUGGAGUCCAAAUGAUCUGCUCAUCUUUUAGUGCUGGUGGAAUGUUUCUGGCCACUGGAAGUACAGAUCACAUCAUUAGGGUUUAUUACUUUGGAUCAGGUCAGCCAGAGAAGAUAUCAGAGUUGGAGUUUCAUACUGUAAAUACCUCCUCAAAAUUGCUUAGCUAUUUGUUUGAAGUGCUUUGGCAUCUUGUAGUCAUGAUGUUAAUUUUUUUCUUGUUCACACAGGACAAAGUGGACAGCAUUCAGUUUUCUAACACUAGUAAUCGAUUUGUCAGUGGAAGUCGUGAUGGCACAGCACGCAUCUGGAUGUUCAAGAGAAGGGAGUGGAAGAGUAUUUUGUUAGAUAUGGCUACUCGGCCUGCAGGACAAACUUUACAAGGAGUAGAAGACAAAAUCACAAAGCUGAAAGUUACAAUGGUGGCUUGGGACCGUCAUGACAACUCUGUUAUUACUGCAGUUAAUAACAUGACUUUGAAAGUCUGGAACUCUUUUACUGGGCAACUUAUUCAUGUCCUUAUGGGUCACGAGGAUGAGGUAUUUGUACUUGAGAGCCACCCUUUUGAUCCUAGAGUUCUCUUCUCUGCUGGCCAUGAUGGAAAUGUCAUAGUAUGGGAUUUGACAAAGGGAGUAAAGAUCCGAUCUUACUUCAACAUGAUCGAAGGACAAGGACAUGGGGCAGUGUUUGACUGCAAGUGUUCUCCUGAUGGCCAGCAUUUUGCCUGUACAGACUCUCACGGUCAUCUUCUGAUCUUUGGAUUUGGCUCCAGUAGCAAAUAUGACAAGAUAGCAGAUCAGAUGUUCUUUCACAGUGAUUAUCGGCCUCUCAUCCGUGAUGCCAACAACUUUGUAUUGGAUGAACAGACACAACAAGCACCACACCUCAUGCCUCCACCAUUUUUAGUUGAUGUUGACGGUAACCCUCAUCCAUCAAGAUACCAGAGAUUAGUUCCAGGACGUGAAAACUGUAGAGAGGAGCAGCUUAUUCCCCAGAUGGGGGUAACUUCUUCAGGACUGAACCAGGUUUUGAGUCAGCAAGUUAGCCCCUUGGACAGCAUGAUACAGAGACUUCAACAAGAGCAAGAUCAAAGGCGAUCAGGAGAGGCUGGAACUAGCAACACUAACAGAGUUGGCCGGGGCUCUGUAAACUCAACCUCUGAGGUACAUUCACCACCAAAUGUGGGGUUAAGACGCAGUGGACAAAUUGAAGGAGUGCGGCAGAUGCAUAGCAAUGCACCAAGAAGUGAGAUAGCUACUGAGAGAGACCUAGUGGCAUGGAGUCGAAGGGUUGUGGUACCAGAGCUGUCAACAGGAGUAGCUAGUAGGCAGGAGGAAUGGAGAACAGCAAAGGGAGAAGAAGAAAUCAAGUUGUACAGGUCAGAAGAGAAAAGAAAACACAUUAUCCCUCAUGUUCCUAGAGAGAAUAAAAUACCAUCUUUACCUAAGAAUCAUUCUCAUGAUAAUCUGUUAGAUGUUGGUGAUUCAAAAAAGCAACAGGCCAACCAACAUAACUACCGUACUAGAUAUGCGCUAGAAGAAACUGCCAGGCCAAAUGAAGAUGCGGAAAAAGGAAGCAGUUCCUCAGAAGAGGGAGAAGUAGUUGUUGCAAGUGGCGGAACAUCUGAAGACGAGAGGAAAGCAUGGCACAGUGAUGGCAGUUCUAGUGACUAUUCUAGUGAUUAUUCAGACUGGACAGCAGAUGCAGGAAUUAAUCUGCAACCACCAAAGAAAGUUCCUAAAAUUAAGACUAAGAAAGCAGAAAGCAGCUCAGAAGAUGAGGAAGGUCCUGAAAAACAGAGGCAAAAGCAAAUCAGAAAGGAAAAAAAAAAAGAUACGGAAUACAAAGAUGGUCCAACAUCACCAAAGAAAAGGAAACCCAAAGAGAGAAAGCAAAAGAGGUUGGCUGUGGGAGUGUUGGCAGAAAAUGGCUUGACAUUGGAAGAAUGGCUGCCUUCUGUGUGGAUCACAGACCUUGUUCCUCGCCGAUGCCCAUUUGUACCACAAAUGGGAGAUGAGGUAUAUUAUUUCCGACAAGGCCAUGAAGCGUAUGUUUUAAUGGCAAAGAAGAACAAAAUAUAUAGCAUUAAUCCCAAGAAACAGCCAUGGCAUAAGAUGGAACUACGGGAACAAGAACUCAUGAAAAUAGUUGGAAUAAAAUAUGAAGUUGGGCUACCUACACUUUGCUGCCUUAAACUUGCUUUUCUUGACCCAGAUACUGGUAAAUUGACUGGAGGAUCUUUUACAAUGAAGUAUCAUGACAUGCCAGAUGUUAUCGAUUUCCUAGUCUUAAGGCAGCAGUUUGAUGAUGCAAAACACAGACGCUGGAACAUAGGUGAUCGAUUUAGAUCAGUAAUUGAUGAUGCUUGGUGGUUCGGAACAAUAGAAAGUCAAGAACCUCUUCAGCCUGAUUAUCCUGACAGCUUGUUUCAGUGCUACAAUGUCUGUUGGGACAAUGGAGAUGCUGAGAAAAUGAGUCCUUGGGAUAUGGAGCCUAUACCAAACAAUGGUAUGUGUCUACUUUCCCCUAGAUGUACAGAAAGGAGACAGAACUUACUAUCUGUGUUUCCAGAGGAGCUUGGAACUAGUGUUCCUUUAACUAAUAUUGAAAGCAGAUCAUUAAUCUACAAGCCUUUGGAAGGAGAGUGGGGUUCCAGGACUCGUGAUGAUGAAUGUGAAAGAAUAAUUUCAGGGAUAAACCAGCUGAUGACUUUAGAUAUUGCUUCUGCUUUUGUGGCUCCUGUGGAUUUCCAAGCUUAUCCAAUGUAUUGCACUGUCGUUGCAUAUCCUACUGAUCUUAGUACAAUUAAACAGAGGCUGGAAAAUAGGUUUUACAGGCGACUUUCUUCACUUAUGUGGGAAGUUCGGUAUAUCGAAUAUAAUACACAGACGUUCAAUGAACCAGGAAGUCCCAUAGUUAAAUCCGCCAAAUUUGUCACAGAUCUGCUGCUGCACUUCAUAAAAGAUCAGGCUUGCUAUGACAUAAUCCCACUGUAUAAUGCCAUGAAGAAAAAAGUCCUGUCUGAUUCGGAGGAGGAAGAAGAGAAAGACAUUAACAUGCCAGGCACUUCUACUAGAAAGAGGAAGGAUCAUCAGCCCAAGCGGAGGUUACGUAAUAGAGCUCAAUCAUACGAUAUUCAGGCAUGGAAGAGGCAGUGCCAGGAACUGCUGAAUCUAAUUUUUCAGUGUGAGGAUUCUGAACCUUUUCGCCAACCAGUGGAUCUUCUUGAAUAUCCAGAUUACAGAGACAUCAUUGAUACGCCAAUGGAUUUUGCCACAGUUCGGGAAACACUAGAAGCAGGGAACUAUGAAUCGCCAAUGGAAUUGUGUAAAGAUGUGAGGCUAAUCUUCAGCAACUCCAAAGUGUAUACACCGUGCAAAAGAUCAAGAAUUUACAGCAUGAGCCUGCGCCUGUCUGCCUUCUUUGAAGAACACAUUAGUUCCAUCUUAUCAGAUUACAAAUCAGCCUUGCGUUUUCAUAAAAGAAGCACAAUUAAAAAGAUAAGGAAGAAAAGAAGUAGAAGCAGUUCCCUUUCUAGUAGUGUUGCAUCAAGUCCGGACAGGAAACGAAAAAUAAUAAAACCACAGCUGAAAGCUGAACCCCCUGCUAUACCUUUGCCCUCUGCACCAUCACGUUCAACAUCCCUGAGAAACACUGCUGCUCAGAUGAAUGGAAAAGCAGAUGUGACUUUGGUCCGAACAAGGAGUACAAGGGCAGUAGCAGAAAUGGCAGUUAAUGAACAACCAUCUACUUCUUCAGGAGGAAAGCCUACAACUGUGAAACCUAGUGCUACUGUUACAUCAGGUAAAUCAGUACUAGAGGAUUCCACCAAACAUUCCAAGAACCAGAAUAUUUUAUCAGUCCAUAAUCAAACCAAUUCUACUCAUAACACUAGGAAUAAUACUGCAAGAGAAAAUGUGGAGAAGGAUAAACAAAUUAAACGUAAACCAAAAUCUUCCACUCUCAGCCCACAAGCAGAUUGCAAGAAUAAUGUCAUGGCUUUGGCAUCAGGAAGCAUCCAGGUAAAUGGACAUGGGGGACAGUCUUCAAAGCCUAUGUUUAAGAGGGGUCCUGGACGGAAACCCAAGAUUGAAACAAACAACAAUAGUUGUGAAGUGGUGCACAAGAAAAGAGGGAGGAAACCAAAAAACCUAUUACUUGCUCAGCAAAAGAAUUUAGGGCAGAACACAAUCCAGACUACUAAAGACUUAACAACAACAACAACAACAACAGAGGAAGCAUCUGUUUCCACUGCAUGCAAUUCUCUCUCUGAAAAUAAUGUGAAGGAAGACUUGUUGCAAAGAAAAGGGCGUGGAGGCAGAAAGCCUAAAAGAAAGCCAGAGGCACAAGAGCCAGGAUUAGAACUUACGUUUUCUGCAGAUCCUAAGAUUCAGACGAGAAGCAAGAGAAAAAAGACAGAUGAACCUAUUGAAGAAGAGCAUGAAGAACUUAAAGAUUCUGAACCCCACAUGAGAACUAGAAAUCAGGGUAGGAGGACAGCUUUUUACAAUGAAGAUGACUCGGAGGAGGAGCAAAGACAACUAUUGUUUGAAGACACCUCUUUGACUUUUGGGACAUCUAGCAGAGGCAGAGUCCGCAAGUUGACUGAAAAAGCAAAGGCUAAUCUCAUUGGUUGGUAACCAGCAUUUAAAAAUGCUAAUAAACAGGUACAGCUGAGGAAGUGGUAGAACUAAGGAUAUUGCUUUCUGCUGCUAUUUACAAAUGAGAAUACGUUCUGAUUUGGAAAAAGUAUAGCAAAAACAAACUGAACAUUUCUUUGAAAGAAGUAUGUAUUUUAAACUUUUGCUAUUUAUUGCCCUCCAAGUAGGUUAUACAUUUCAAUUCACUUUGUUCAGUUGGUAUUGAAGAUUGUAUAAAUGGAAAUUCUUGAUUUGCAGAAAUGUUACUGUAAUUUUGGACAGUCAGUAACCUCUAUUUGAUUAAAAUUGAUAGAAUUUUUAAUGUAACAGACUGAGAACAGAACUCCUAUUUUUGAAUGAGCAAGGUACAGUACAUUUGUAUAGAGUGUAGUAUCUGUGUUUUGCAGGAUAUUAGCAGAGUGUGGCAGUAAAUGCCAUUGAGAACAAAUGCAAAAUUCCAAACAUUGCUAAUAAGAUGUUUAAUUUCAGUAGUAAUUGGGCACACAGCUUUGUACAAACAAACCUAGUGCAGCUUGUUGGUUUAUCUAGGUUCAGCCAGAGAGAAAAAUCACACUAUGUAGAUAUAUAUAUCCACAUUGGAAAAAGUUUGACUAAUAUGUCUAAUUUUUCAGACCUUCAUUCUCGUAUCAAUCAAAUCUCUGUUUAUUGUGCCAAAGACUGAAAACCGGUGCAGUAGAAAAGUUUUUAGUGUCAGUGCAGCAUACAUUUUUCAAUUAUGCUUAUGAAUCUAUGUUCUAAAUAUACACUGUUCUGAAAAAUUAUCUCUACUGGUACUUUGUAGUAAAAACAAUUAAUGCACUGGUGGGAUCCUUAGGCAAAAUGUAUAAUUGGGUUAAAGGAUUCAAGGAAACUGCAGGAAAAGUGUGAGAUUCUUAUGUUUACGAUGCGAUCAGAUUGAUUGUUUAUACAAAUUGUGUUAAAACUGACUAAAAUUUUUAAAAGUGUCUGUGUAUGUAUAUAUUAUGUACACAAGCACAUAAAUAUAUACAAUAUUACCCAGGAAUAAUUUUUUUCAGGACUUUUUAGAUAAUACUAGAUAAAAUUUUAAAAUGUCAUACUUUUAUUUUAAGGGGAAGAUUGGUUAUUUUCAAUUAUUAAAGAUAAAAAGGCCAAAUCACUUUUUAUGCAAUCAUGUUUUAUACAGUGUUCUCAUUGCACAUUGUUUUUCUGCACUUUUUACAGUGUACUUAUCAAGCUGACAUAAGUCAAUAUAUACACCCUAAAGGAAAAUCCCACUUAAUGAUUGUGCCUUGUAGUCUAUUAUUUUGUGCAUCUUUAGUAAACUUAAGUUGUCUAUUGUAAAUGACUAUAUGACUUAGGGGAAUGUAUUGCUGUAUGUACUGCUAUGGAAAAAGAAACAGUUAUUUAUUUGUUUAUGGUACAUUUACUUAUUUUAUACCUUUAAAACAAAGUUUGUAUUAAAACAAACUUUAAUACAA